AUGGCGCAACGGUACGAAGACUUGCCCCACUACGGGAUGGACGGUGUGGGCAUCCCGACCACCAUGUACGCAGACCCGCACGGAGCGCGCUCCAUGCAGGCGGUGCACCUGAACCACGGGCCGCAGCUGCACUCGCACCAGUAUCCGCACACGGGACACACUAACAGCAUGCCCCCCAGCAUGGGCUCCUCCGUCAACGACGCGCUCAAGAGGGAUAAAGACGCCAUAUACGGGCACCCCCUGUUCCCUUUGCUUGCACUGAUUUUUGAGAAAUGUGAAUUAGCGACGUGCACCCCCAGAGAGCCCGGCGUGGCGGGAGGAGAUGUGUGUUCGUCCGAGUCCUUCAAUGAAGACAUAGCAGUGUUCGCGAAACAGAUCCGCGCAGAAAAGCCUUUAUUUUCAUCGAAUCCAGAGUUGGACAACCUGAUGAUCCAAGCCAUCCAAGUUUUACGGUUUCAUCUGCUGGAGCUUGAGAAGGUGCACGAGCUGUGUGAUAACUUCUGUCACCGGUAUAUCAGCUGCUUGAAAGGAAAGAUGCCCAUUGACUUGGUCAUAGACGACAGAGAGGGCGGCUCCAAAUCAGACAGUGAGGAAAUCACGAGGUCCUCGGUGGCUCUUGAUCAGACGUCUUGGAACAGGGACCAUGACGACACAGCAUCCACGCGCUCUGGAGGUACGCCAGGUCCCUCCAGCGGGGGACACACGUCUCACAGCGGAGACAACAGCAGUGAACAAGGUGACGGCCUGGACAACAGCGUAGCCUCGCCGAGCACAGGGGAUGACGAUGACCCGGAUAAGGAAAAGAAGCGAAACAAGAAGAGAGGAAUCUUUCCCAAAGUGGCCACCAACAUCAUGAGAGCAUGGCUUUUCCAACAUCUAACGCAUCCGUACCCAUCGGAAGAACAGAAAAAGCAACUGGCACAAGACACAGGCCUUACCAUUCUACAAGUGAACAACUGGUUCAUCAACGCCAGGAGGAGAAUAGUCCAGCCUAUGAUUGACCAGUCAAACCGUGCAGUAAGUCAAGGAGCUCCCUACAAUCCAGAUGGCCAGCCAAUGGGGGGCUUCGUCAUGGACGGCCAGCAGCACAUGGGAAUCAGACCACCUGGUCCAAUGGGUGUGCCAAGCAUCGCAACACGAAGGGGGAUAAAUAAACCAGGGAAUCUCCUACUUCCCUGUGGCCUACUGAGUUUGGAGCAGGACUUCUAUCUUCAGGACAACACCAGCCAAAAACAAAGUGAGAGACUGGAGCAGCAUGUCAGCGAGCAGCGGCGCGGCUCUCCUCUGCAGCAGAGCGGGCCUGAGCCUGAGCUCCUGCUCCAACAGGUACCAGCCCCGCUUUACGCCCCACAGCCUUCACACAGCCCCUGA